AUUACCCUGAGCGCCCGGGGCUGUUCGCUGUCACCUCCAGUGCAGGUUGGGGGCUGAUCCUUUGAGCGAAGGGGAGCCAUGCAUCAAAUCCCCACAGUGGGCCUGGGCACCUGGAAGGCCUCUCCAGGAGAAGUGACCGAUGCGGUUAAGGUGGCUAUCAACCUGGGCUACCGGCACUUCGACUGUGCUUACUUAUACCACAAUGAGAGUGAGGUUGGGAUGGGAAUCAAGGAGAAAAUCAAGGAGGGUGUGGUGAAGAGAGACGAGCUUUUCAUCGUCAGUAAGCUGUGGUGCACAUACCACAAGCAGUCUUUGGUGAAAACGGCAUGCACCAAUACCCUGGAGGCCUUAAACCUGGAUUACCUGGACCUCUACCUCAUGCACUGGCCCAUGGGCUUCAAGCCUGGGGACAAAGAUAUCCCUUUGGAUCGCAGUGGCAAGGUCAUACCCAGUCACACCAGCUUUCUGGACACUUGGGAGGCCAUGGAGGACCUGGUGAUUGAGGGUCUGGUGAAGAACAUUGGGGUGUCCAACUUCAACCAUGAACAGCUUGACAGACUUUUGAAUAAGCCUGGUUUGAGAAUCAAGCCAAUAACUAACCAGAUUGAAUGCCACCCAUAUCUUAAUCAAAAGAGCCUAAUUGAAUUUUGCCAUGGAAGAAAUGUGUCUGUGACCGCUUACCGUCCCCUCGGUGGCUCAAGAGAUGGGGUUCACUUGAUGGAUGAUAUCGUUAUUCGGAAGAUUGCAAAGAAGCAUGGGAAGUCUCCUGCUCAGAUUUUGAUCCGAUUUCAGAUCCAAAGGAACUUGAUAGUGAUUCCCAAAUCUGUCAACCCAAGUCGGAUUAGAGAGAAUAUUCAGGUAUUUGAUUUUGAAUUAACUGAAAAAGAUAUGGAGGAACUUCUCAGCCUCGACAAGGACCUCCGCUUGGCCACCUUCCCAUCGUAAGUCUGUCUCGCUCUCUUCCUUUUAAAGAGAAAGGGAGCUACACACAAGCAGGAUGACUAGAUCUUGAAUAGGUAUUUACUUUUAUAUUUCAAGCUCAAUUAAACUGUAUCAUGACUCUUCCCUAUCUAAGGCUGGGCCAGUGAAUAAAGACAAUGACAUUUAUACACUAGAGAGGCACAAUUCUUCCACUUAAAAUGUUUUCAUUAAGAAUGCCCAUUCUCUGUUUCUCACUUUGAUUUUUGAUUGUUUUCCAGAACUGAAGAUCAUAAGGACUAUCCUUUCCACAUAGAAUACUAACGACAGCUUCACUCUCCAUCAUUUCUGCUCAGUGGAAACAGAUCUCCAGCGUCAGCAGCACUGAUCCACCUCUGCAGAGGCUGUGUGGUCCCUGCGUGGCCACAGCAACAGACACAGCCACAGCCAAAAAUGACAACAGAGUCGGAACAAGGAAAAUCCUGCCUAGAACAGAACCAGUUCGGAGAAAAAUAAAGAUCUAGGGAUGAGAAAGGGAGGUACCACAAGGCCUGUGGCUGCCUCCAAGUUGUUAUGGAAAGCCAAGUGCCAAGAAUAAUGUAAUUUGUGUCAGUUAGCCCUAGUCCUUGUGGCUUCUAUUCUAGGAAGCGAGAUGCUGAUUGCUCAUGAAUUAAAGUUACCUUCACAUUUUAAAAAA